GCAAGCUCCCAGCGGCCGUGAACGCAGAGGCCGGAUCGGAUCGGGGCCACGGAGCCUGGCCUGAAACCCAACCGCAUCCCGACCCUGAAGGACAGAGCCAGGGCACUCACCAAACAGCAGGACCAGUGCAGGGCUUCCUUCCCUCCCACAGGUGAGCACCCCCUCGGGGUCCAUGUGCCCGCCCCAGGCCCAGGCAGAGGUGGGCCCCACCAUGACUGAGAAGGCCGAAAUGGUGUGUGCCCCCAGCCCAGCACCUGCUCCGCCCCCCAAGCCUGCCUCUCCUGGGCCACCGAAGGUGAAAGAGAUGGGCCACCAAGGCUCCUCACCCCCAAGGCUGCCCCCUGGUGUGCCGGUGAUCAGCCUGGGCCACACCAGGCCCCCAGGAGUAACCAUGGCCACCACGGAGCUGAGCGCCCUGCGACCCCCACUGCUGCAGCUCUCUGCCCUGGGAACUGUCCCACCCCCCUUGGCCCUGCAUUAUCACCCUGACCCCUUCCUCAACAGCCUCUACAUUGGGCCGGCAGGAGCUUUCGGCCUCUUCCCCAGCAGCCGGCUGAAGCGGAGACCGAGCCACUGUGAACUGGAGCUGGCUGAGGGGCACCAGCCCCAGAAGGUGGCCAGGCGCGUGUUCACAAACAGCCGGGAGCGCUGGCGGCAGCAGAACGUGAAUGGUGCCUUCGCAGAGCUCAGGAAGCUGCUGCCAACGCACCCGCCCGACCGGAAGCUGAGCAAGAACGAGGUGCUCCGCCUGGCCAUGAAAUACAUCGGCUUCCUGGUGCGGCUGCUGCGCGACCAGGCGGCGGCUCUGGCCGCAGGCCCCGCCCCGUCCGGGCCCCGCAAAAGACCCGCGCAUCGGGGCCCCAUCGAUGGCGCCCGCCGCGGGCCUUGUCGUAGGGCCGAGGCCGCGGUGCGCUCGCAGCCCGCGACCCCGGCCGGCCCCGACGGCAGUCCCGACGGGGCGGCCCGGCCCAUCAAGACGGAACGAGCGGCCGUGAGCCCUGAGGUGCGGUGACCUCCGCAGCGUUGCUUCUGAGCCGAGGGUCACCGGGAACUCAGCCCAGGGCUGUCGAGGAAAGGGCGGAUGAUGCCUUGCGCCUGCUCUGGGGCGAACUUCCCCGAAGAGGGAACAGUGAGGACGUCCCCAACGGGGAAAAGGGUCCCAGGGGUCUGGAAGGGCGACUGUCGCCCCCAGGGGGCCCCCCAGCAGGCCACCUUCUUCUUUUUUUUUUUCUUUUUAAAUCACCCACCAACCGCUGGAAAUAGCCUUUCCCGCGUCUCCCUCCCAGGGACGAGGUGCGGGAACCAACAUGGCAGACAGCUCAUCGGACUAAA